CAGUUGUUGCAGGAAGUUGCGCAGACGACUGGCCAGGCACCAUGGCGCCCCUAGACUUGGAUAAAUAUGCAGAGAUUGCAAAACAGUGUAAAUACCUCCCAGAAAAUGACCUCAAGAGGUUGUGUGACUAUGUGUGUGACCUUCUGCUGGAGGAGUCCAACGUUCAGCCCGUUUCCACUCCUGUGACAGUAUGUGGUGACAUACAUGGACAGUUUUAUGAUCUGUGUGAACUCUUCCGAACUGGUGGCCAGGUUCCAGACACAAACUACAUAUUUAUGGGUGACUUUGUUGACCGAGGAUAUUACAGUUUGGAGACGUUCACCUACCUGUUGGUGCUGAAAGCCAAAUGGCCCGACCGCAUCACACUUCUUCGUGGGAACCAUGAGAGCAGACAGAUCACCCAAGUUUACGGCUUUUAUGAUGAGUGCCAGACCAAGUAUGGGAAUGCAAACGCUUGGCGUUACUGCACCAAAGUGUUUGAUAUGUUAACGGUUGCAGCUCUGAUGGACGAGCAGAUCCUGUGUGUCCAUGGAGGCCUCUCCCCAGACAUUAAAACUCUCGAUCAAAUUCGAACCAUUGAGCGGAACCAGGAGAUCCCCCACAAAGGAGCAUUUUGUGAUCUGGUGUGGUCAGACCCUGAAGACGUGGACACCUGGGCCAUCAGCCCCAGAGGAGCCGGCUGGCUCUUUGGUGCAAAGGUCACUAAUGAGUUUGUUCACAUCAACAACCUGAAGCUGAUCUGCAGGGCGCAUCAGCUCGUCCAUGAAGGCUACAAGUUCAUGUUUGAUGAGAAGCUGGUCACAGUGUGGUCAGCACCUAACUACUGCUAUCGCUGCGGCAACAUCGCCUCCAUUAUGGUCUUCAAAGACGCGAACACAAGAGAGCCAAAGCUCUUCAGGGCAGUGCCUGACUCUGAGAGGGUUAUUCCACCACGAACGACAACACCUUAUUUCCUGUAAGCACAUAAAAACCAAAACCGUGCAGCCAUUUGUUCACUGCACAGAUGGUGACUGCGACAGUGGCAUCAGCACUUGUGAACCCAUAUGAAUUUUGUAUUGUACAUUUAGAGUAUUUGCAGUGCAUAUAUUGGUGCCAACUGUUGUUCCCACUUUGGCAUUUAAUGCCAUUAUUCUGCAGCUAAGAUCACACUGAGAUAUUACAGCUGUGUAAGUUGGCUAAACAGUAUGGCUGUGCUGUUGAAGUGUUUGAAGGAAUGAUUGAAACAACACAGAAGUCAGCUAACCCUUGUAAAAUGUUCAUAUUUAUAAAUCUCAAUUUUACUUUACUAUAGAAACUCACUCUGCUGAGCAAUUUGCAGGUGCAGUGUUAUAUACAACAUUUCAUUUAUUUUGUUAUGGUGAUAUGUGAAAGCUAGGUGUAACAUAAUAAAGCACUGCACAAAAGCAAAACAUACAUCUACUCUGACAAAUUUCAGUAGAGGUAUACACUUAGUAUUAUUAUGUAAUCUCAUAAAUAAACGUGAAUCUGAGAGUUGAUGUGUAAAAAAUGACUAUAUCAAAUGUUAGAUUUCUGUACUGUUAAGCCUGUGGUACCGUAAAAGCUUCUCUGAUUUCCAGUUUGAAAUCCGAUGUAAUUAUUAUUUUCCUGAGUGUCGCCAUGCUGUUUUUAAAUAAAGAAAUCCAAAAAUUGGAAAAAA